UGACUUAUAAUACAACUUACCAUAACGUUUCAAAGUUAAUAUAAAAUUAAAAUUUGGUUUUCCUAUUAGCUGCAGCGGUUUUUAAGUAUGGGAUUUAAAAGAAAUUUUACCGGAAUUUUACCAGUACUAUUGUUUUUCGUUUUGACAAUAAUUACAGUCAUAAACGCAAGACCCGCAGGAGGUCCUGGUCAAAACGGUCCUGGUCAAAACGUUACAACACCAGCAGCCGCCAUGACCCCGCCAGUAACACAGACAUUGUCAAGAAGUUCGACGGAAUUGGAAAGAGAAGGACAGACGUGUAGAAAUUGCCUGAAGAAAAUUUGCUGUGGUUCUUGCAUAUCUGGUUCGACGGAAUUGGAAAGAGAAGGACAGACGUGUAGAAAUUGCCUGAAGAAAUUUUGCUGCGGUCCUUGCAUAUCUGGUUCGACGGAAUUGGAAAGAGAAGGACAGGGAUGUAGAGACACCAUAGUUGAGAUGGUGGUAUGUCCUAUCGGAUCUUGUUUCUAUUUUGGCUGCUGCUGCUGCUUCUGCCAUAAAUUUUGUGGGUCUCUUUUAAAACAUAUUGAAAAUAGACUUUGAAGGAUCCAGAGGAGUCAUAAUUAUAUCCAGUUUCUUUCGAAUCCAACUAAAUAAAUUCUCAAAUAUUCUAC